UAAUGAUAUUAGGAUUAAAUGUAUAUUAAAUUUAUUCGCAAUUUGAAUAGAAAAAUUCCAAUUAAAAAAAGGUACGAAUGUAGUUGUGUUUAAUAUAAUCACGUGUUCUGCUUUGGUAUCAGUUUCGUUGUAUCACGUGAAAGAGGUCAAAAAAUAAAUUUCAUUUUAAUCUUCUCUUAUCAAUGACAAAGAAAUAGGUAAUGCUAAACAUUCAAAAAAUUUCUAAAAAAAUUAUAUUUAUAACCUUGGUUAUACUAAGAUAUAUUGUAAAUUUAAUUAUUUAAAUUUGAAUAAAGCAAUGAAUGCUGCUAUUGCUUUAUGUACAUUUUGUGAAAUACAUGGGCCUAAAGUAAUAUUUACCACUCAAACUUAUCGUAAUUAUGACAAUCAAAGUAAAGAAAAGUUAAAAUUUUAUGGACCAAAAGAAAUACUGAAACAAGCACAGACUACAGUAGAUGAAGGGCAACAAGAAUGUGAAGGCUGUCAAAGUAUUAACAAUUUAAAAUACUUGAGUAAUGAGCAUGAUACUAAAACAUCAUUUUUAUCUGCUCAACAACCAUUAACGCAAGACAUUGAAAUUUUAUUAAAACAUGCAUGCAUCAGGAGUCUCAGUUGUGAGGUACAUCCAGGCAAAGAAGGUGUUUGCUAUUUUGGAGAUGAAUACAGAGGGCAUGUUUUAAGUCGUACUUUUACAUUAAAAGAUGCCCAGGCAAGAGGCUUUCGCAGAUGGUGCAGCUUCAUUGUUUUCAUGAGGGACAAGCAAUUUUUAUUGAACAUGUGGCCAUUUCUAAUUGAUAAUCUAAGAGAGGUCAUCAGAGAAUUGCAGGAUUGUGCAGAAAGAAAAUACAAUAUUGAAGAAGCUGAAUGCCCACAAAGGACUAUGCGUUUGACUACAGCAAAUAGCGGCUCAACCUCCUGUCAUAAUACAACAAAACAAGUUAGAGCACUUAGCAGUAUAACAAAUGAGAAGCAUGUUUAUGUCAGAAUCCACAUGUGGCUUGUAUGGAUUCUCAGUGCAGGCGCUAGACAUUUUAUAGAAAUUCUACCAAUGAGUUUACUAGAUAAGGAAUUUGAUUACAAUUUGGAACAUCGUAUAGAAACUGAAGAAGGAUUCACUUUGGUUAAUACAAAAUUACCUGUUAAUUUGAACUUAAAUACAGAAGAAUCUCAAACAUCAGAAUUUUCGGAGAUUUCAAAUAAUACUGCUAUUCUCAUUCUAAGAAAUUUAAAAGAAAUACUUGGCAAAGAUCAAUUUAGACAAUUGUUAUACUCCAGCUUAACUGGCAUUCAAAUUUUAGUGAGAGGUCCAAAAACUCAAAGAAUUGAAUCGUUACAUGGUCUAAGUUCAUUGGUACCAAAAGCAUGCAGAAGAGUACAUACACAAGCAGUAGAAUAUUUGGAUUUAAAUAAAUAUAACUUCAUUGGGGUGGAUACAUCAGUAGCAGUACCUUUACCAUCUGCAAAUGUAUGUAGAUUGGAUAUUAUAAGUGAUGAACAUAAAGCUGAAAAUACUCCGUCGCAUAUCGUCAAAUGGACUGGUUUACUUCCAUUAAAACUGCCUACAUUGUUGUUAAAACUUGAAAAAUCGCUGGAGGAUAAAAAACUUGGAAAUUCUGUUCUUAAAGCACAUUUUAUUGCUUUACAAAAAGAAUGGGCAAAUAUAGCAAGGGUUGUUCAUGCGAUGCGAGGCAGAGGUCAUAGAGCAGAUCUUUCUGGUCUCAUGCUUAGCUUAGGAGCUGGUCCUCAUGAUAAAAAACUAUUAGAUGCAUGGUCCAUGGGUUUGCCAUCAAAUCCUGCAUAAUUUAUUUGUUGAAAUUGUAUGGAUUGUAGUAUACCAUUGGGUACAAA